GUAUUAUUGAAAAAGCGCUUACUAUUUGAACGACGUUCUUAAAGAAUCGGUUGUUUAAAUUGUUUAGAGUGUGGUGUUAACGGCCUUUUUUUUCAAGGAACGUGAAGCAAGCGAGAACCAACUCCAGGUGAAUUUUGUCUCUUGCAUUAUUUCUUUCAGAACCAACUCAAGAAAUAACACUAUGGCUUCUCUUAGACGUCCUAUUAUUCUUUUCGGUCCUUCUGGUGUCGGAAAAUCGACAUUGGUAAAACGUUUGAUGCAAAAUUACAAGGAUCGUUUUGGUUUCUCAGUGUCUCAUACAACAAGACAACCCCGUCCCGGAGAGAGAAACGGUGUUGAAUAUUACUUUGUUACAAAGGAGGAGUUCCAAAAGCUCGUCUCUGAGAACAAGUUCGUUGAAUGGGCUGUUUUCUCUGGCAACAUGUAUGGUACUUCCGUCAUGGCUAUUGAUGAUGUGAUUCAACAUCAGAAAACACCGCUUCUGGACAUCGAUAUGCAGGGUGUUAUGCAAGUGAAGAAGAGCGAGUUGAAUGCUCGCUACCUCUUUAUUGCUCCUCCUUCCGUUGAAUGCCUUGAACAACGCCUUCGUGGUCGUGGUACCGAGUCCGAGGAGUCCAUCAGCAAACGUCUUGCUCAAGCUAUUGCCGAGAUCGAGUACAGCAAGCAACCUGGUAACUUCGACGGCAUUGUCGUGAAUGAUAACCUUGAUACUGCUUACAAACAACUCGAGCAAUUUUGCUUGAAGGAUGAGUAGGGAUUACACGCCCUUUUAUUCAUUCAUGAUACAAUUCAGCAAGACUUUAGAGUACUUAAUCCCAUUAGAUACAUUAAAAAGUUUCAAUGGUAUUGCAAAAAAAAAAAUUAAAAAAAAAAAUAUCACUGCAAAAGCAUAUGCAUCAGUUUCCUAAUUCCAUAAAGCGCGGGACUUGUCAAUCAUACCCAUGAACAACGGAAACGUCAAAUUCGCAUUCAUGUCUGUUAUAUAAUCAUAUUGGUACUCACAGAAACAUGUAUUUACAGCUCGUCUAUUCGUCAACUCUCACACUGGAUAUGUUUUUUUGACAGCUCGAAACAUAAGUACGAUUUUUUGCAUUAACAGUAAGAACAUAAAUUUUGUUAAGCCGAAAGAGAAACAGAAUCCAUUAAAAAGAUGAAAUAAAAACUGCUGUUUAGUGUUUUUCCUAUUAAGCUUAAAAGGAAGAUUGGAGUUUCAACGGACGGUAAAAGUAUGGAUGGAACUAAAGGAAAGAAGAGAGACGAGAUGAUGGCAUAAGGAAUAAGGAGAACAAUCAUUUGCGAUUCACAGCGUUCAGGAGUAUUAAUGUCUGCAAGCAAUGUCAUACAUCAACAUGCCUACAGCAUUUGAAAGCGAAAACUGCUUAAAGCUGUCAACAAAGUGACAGCUUAAUAAAACUCGGGUAUAAUCUGAAAAGUUGAUCAUUGAGUGGAAAACACAACAUCUUCUCACAGAACUCGAUCAGCAUUUCCGUGAUUUGGUGCAUCACUGAGCUUCUGCGAAUCGUCUGAAAGGUUUGAGAAUGAUGUAUUGGAGUUACUUUCGAUUGGAUGAGUAGGAUUUUGAAGGGUAGAAAGCGAAGCAUCACUUCGUUUUGCCACGGGUGAAGACGGGGAAAUGAUCGCCGUGUCACUUUGUUUAGCUUCUUCAACACCGGUGGCAUCAGCCUUUUCCCUAGAACUAUUACCAGUGUCUGAACUGUCAACACUCUUAUACUUCUCAUCCUCAUCGGAUGAAGGUCGAAGAAUAGAAAUGAAAGUAACAUAGGGCUCGUUCCGAGCAGGCAACUUUCCAGAGCCGCCAAAAUCGAACACAGCCCAGAUACUACCAAGAAGAAAAAUCGCUAUCGUCAACGCAGUGAGGAAACCAGCCCCACCGCGAUCCGAUUCUGUAGCAGGUGUAAUGGUAACAUUGACAGUGGUUCCAUGAGUAUGAACACCAGCGCUGGGAUCUGAGCGUUGAUCUGAAACUGAUGAAAGCUUUUUGGGAGUAGGAGCAUAAUCAAUCAACAAGGUGUUUAUCGCAUCCAAAGCUGCUCCUUGUUGUCCGACGCCAUACGUGCUAUCCCACGUCCCAUUGUUCCAACUCCAGUGAGUACCACAAGUAACGCCAUCAUAUCCGCCGCUACAAGCCAAUGCGGCGGCGACCGCGCUGCCUUGGACCAAAGGCAUAAGGGUAUCAUGUGUGUAUGGAGCAAGCUGCAUUGCGUAACCAAAAAAUCGAAUAAGAAUACCCUUGAAUGAAGUCUGGUCUAGAUUGCAGUUAUUAAAGUACUCACACUGAGGGUCCUGCGCAAUAUUCUCUACAAAGAAAUAAUUCGACUUCGUAAUUAAGCCAUCCAACCGUCCCUUCCACGUAUCACUGCCAUUCGUAUAGUUAUACAUAUAGGCCGAACCAGCAAGGUACACACCCAAAUUAUAGGUCCAUUGCCGUAAGUUGAGUACGGAACAGUUAUUUGUGAUAUAGGAACCAUCGUAGACUGAGUAGUCCGUAGUGUUCACAAACCCAACAUAUUCUGACCAAUCCCAAA